UGUUUGUGAAUCUUUGAUUAAAAUUACAUCUACAUCGUGUCUAAGAGCCUCCAUCACACCUUUAUUUAUAACCUUCCCCCGAGUAUUAAAGAUCUUGAAAUUUUACUGUUGACAACAGCUAUUGUGGAACAGCAAUCAUGACUGUGGGUAAGAGUAGCAAAAUGCUGCAGCACAUUGAUUAUAGAAUGAGAUGUAUCCUGCAAGAUGGAAGAAUCUUCAUUGGCACCUUUAAGGCUUUUGACAAGCAUAUGAAUUUGAUCCUCUGUGAUUGUGAUGAGUUCAGGAAGAUCAAGCCAAAGAAUGCAAAACAGCCAGAGCGUGAAGAAAAACGGGUUUUAGGUCUGGUGUUGCUUCGUGGAGAGAACUUGGUUUCCAUGACUGUGGAGGGUCCACCUCCUAAAGAUACUGGCAUUGCUCGUGUGCCACUUGCUGGUGCUGCAGGUGGCCCUGGGGUUGGGAGGGCAGCUGGCAGAGGGGUACCAGCUGGUGUACCUAUUCCCCAAGCUCCUGCUGGAUUAGCAGGCCCUGUCCGAGGAGUUGGAGGUCCAUCCCAGCAGGUCAUGACUCCACAGGGAAGAGGUACUGUAGCAGCCGCUGCUGUUGCUGCUACUGCCAGUAUCGCUGGAGCCCCAACACAGUACCCACCAGGACGGGGAACUCCUCCUCCACCUGUAGGUAGAGCAACCCCACCUCCAGGAAUUAUGGCUCCUCCACCUGGUAUGAGACCACCCAUGGGCCCACCAAUUGGCCUUCCCCCUGCUCGAGGGACACCUAUCGGCAUGCCCCCUCCAGGAAUGAGACCCCCUCCACCAGGAAUUAGAGGCCCACCUCCCCCAGGAAUGCGUCCACCAAGACCCUAAGAUAUGGUUGAUAAAUAUCAGCCCUUCUUUCCCCUGGAAUGCAUCUUGUGAAAUUGUGUAGCCUGCAAGCUUUUUUGACCCCUCUUACUGCAUUAAUUAUAGAUAAUAAAUACAUAGAGUAAUUGAAUUGAGGUUUUUCCUUGUCUGUUGAUUUUUGUUAAAGUCAGUGAAACUGAAUGUUUUUUGGUGGUGGAAUUAUUGUGAAACAUUAUGUUAAUUUUAUAUUAAGUACAUCCAGACAUGCAUUUUACUAAAGGUAGAUUCUUAGGAUAAAAUGGAUGUGAUGUAUUUUCUUGAAUCCUGACAUUUAUUUCAUGCAUUAGUUCAAAACCUUGUAAAUAAGGAAAGUCAAUAUUUAUUUGAUAAGGUUCACAUAGUAUUUUGGUCACUUUAAUAUGUCAUAAUAAAGGUGUGAAAGAUUGUUAA